GCGACAUACAACAUGCACGGAACAUAUAAACGAUCCUAAGUGUAUAGUGUUCAAGUGAGUGAACCUUUUUGUGAAGUGAUACGGUGUUUACAAUGUGUGUGUGUUAGAAACGAUGGGUUGUGAGCUAGGGAAACUGGCAAUAGCCCAGCGAGGGGGACCAGUAGGGGGAAAUAGCAGGGGGGGCGACGACCCCCCGGCUCCAGCACCCCCUGACCCCAGACUACCCCUGACGGCCAAGCAGAAGUACAGCAUGCUCGCCUCAUGGAAAGGCAUAUCCAGAGCCAUGGAACCUACUGGAGUCUACAUGUUUAUCAAAUUGUUUGAAGAGCACGAGGAACUUUUGUCACUGUUCACGAAGUUUCGAGAACUCAAAACGCGCGACGCCCAGGCUAACUCUAUGGAGCUACAGGAACACGCAACCAAGGUCAUGUCUACCCUGGAUGAAGGUAUCAAGGAGUUGGACGACCUCGACUCAUUCUUCGAGUACCUCCACCAGAUCGGCGCCUCGCAUAGAAAGAUCCCCGGGUUUAAACCAGAGUACUUCUGGAAAAUAGAGAAGCCGUUCUUAGAAGCUGUAAAGAUGACACUCGGUGACCGAUAUACAGACAACGUAGAGAACAUAUACAAGAUCACGAUAAAACUAAUCAUAGAGACAUUGGAGAAGGGUUACACUGGAGGCAGCUAGGGGCAGUGAUAACAGCUGAGGUCAAAGUCAAGGUCAUCAGUAGACGGUAUUCAGACUGAAGAUGGAGAUACCGAGUCGGAUCGGAAAUUUGUACCUCGUUCAUUUCAUUUCUGAUAACCAUUAUCAUAGGGUAGAUUGGUAAAGGUUGAGAGUGUAAAACCAUUGAGUUUCGGAUACUGAAGCAGACAUCCCAUCUGUACGGGCCUGAUGUCACCUAUUUUUCAUUUAAAAAGAUUAAAGUUCAAUUAGCCAUUCAUAAAGUGUGUUAGAGUCAAAAUUCAGUUUUCUAUCUUAUAUUUUUCGUUGUGGAGAUAUUUUAAAUAACACAUAAGAUGCUUUAGCAUGUAAGUUAAGUCACCAGUUUGACUUAGACCAAAAGUCUUCAUAAUUGACAUAAUUAAGUAUCUUACCUCCACACAAUCUGUCGGUGGCCCAAUUCAACUUCUUUCAACGUUUUUUAUUUAAAGAACUGGCGACAGUUUCAACAUAGGGAUGGAGUGUCUAGUUGUAUUACUAUUCAAAUUUAAAAUGUAUAUAUCAACGAUUUGUGGUUAAAUACACCAUAUAUUUAAUUGAACAGCCUUGACUCCUUUGUUCAAUUAUAAGAUGAAGAUCUACUUGCCUAUUUGCCAUUUAUUCGCGUGUGUAACUCUGUCUGACAAGCAUCGCUCGAUGUGAUGUAUGUUAAAUAUUAUCGAAUGUUGCUAAAGAUGAGCUGGCAUAAGCUCGUAACGUGCAGCCUCAACUUACUUUAUUUGACAUAAUAUUAAUAUUAUGGCAAAUUGGAAAGUAGAUUUUCAUCUUUUAACACUAUCUUUUUGAGAGCAUUGUACAAAGUCAUUCUAUCAAUAUGUACCAAUUUGGUCAACUAGUAAAGUGUUUUUUAACAAUACAAGAAGUGUUUUAAAAUUUUCGUAACCAACACCUGUAAAUAAGGCAACGCCAUCUACAAAUGUAAGCUAAAUAGCAAUUACUAAACAAAAAUACAAAAUGAUAUAUCAAUUAAACAAUUGGGCGUUUAGCGUUUCAUGAAAAUUUGUGUUAACAGAAAUAAUGUUUAGUAUGGUAUCGUUUGAGAAAAUUCCGUAACACAUCUCUAACUAAUUAUGUAUAAAUACUCAUUUGAAAGCCGUUACACCUUCCUAUCAACUGUACGUCCGUUGUACACCAUGUUGCUUUAGUAUGUCAUGGUUGGAUUGCAUGGCUCAGGUCGAUAAGUGUUUACCAAUGUCAAGUGUACAUUCGCAAUGACUGUUUUCCAUUUGUACGUUUUAUGUUUUUCUUUUGUUGUAAGUGAGCGAUAGCGAUAGACUUGUUGUAUGUAUGGUUGUUAGAGUAAAAGUGUUGUCUGUCCCGAACCAAACGAGUUAUGCCAUUUUUUUCACUGCUUUCAACAGUUGUUGACACGUUUUCAUAUGUGGUCGUUGUAGGGAAAUAUUGUGAGCACGAUUAUUACUUCAAGUAAAAUUCAACAGCGCAUAUGUUCAGUUAAAUUCAACUAAUUUAAUCUUUUUCGAAGUUAUUCUGUUGGUCAAAUUAAUUGUUACUGUAAAAGUUGUUGCUGUCAAAUUGAAGCAUAAAAUUGUUUAGCAUAAUAUAACCUAGAUACAAAAUUACUAAAUCACCAACCGGGAUACAUACCUUGAUUUCAUAGUUUUGUAUUACAACUGAAUUUGUUAGCUAAGGCCAAAUAGAUUUGUAAUAAUUAAGUGGAAUGUGAAACUUUUUAAGGUUUAAAGCAUUAUAUAAGUUUGAUAAGGGCUUAUGAAGUUUUAUGACUCCUAUAGUUUUAAGUUUAAGAGGCCAACGAGGCUUAAGUACUCCAGCAUUUAGCAUGUUAAUAAAGUGCAUAAUAUUUAGAGCAUUGCACCAUCAUUUAUCUAUUUACAUUUGUUUUGACUUUUUUACUUUCAUGUAUAACAAUGCAUCAUGCAACAAUGCUAGUAUGAGCCAUAGUAUUAUUCUACAUUAAAAACAGAUAUUCAAGCAGUAUUUUGCAUUUUUAUAGGUUAAAGAUCUUGCAUUGCCUACUUAGAUUACGAAAUAAAACACAAAAAUAUCUAGAUCCCCACUUAAGUAUUUAAAUUCUAAACCCCCUACUUCAAGCAUUUUGAGGAUGUACAGUUAUUUCGAAAUUGGUACACAUCAAAAUAAUGUAAAGUUAAACUAUUCAUCCUUAACUCUCAUAAGUGAUGUGCUACCAUGAAAUUAACAUUCCAUCCCCCUUGUUGAGGCUAGAUUAAAAAUUAAUCGUUAAAUUAAAUUCUCUCUGAGUAAAAUUUGUGUAUAACAUUUUUGGUUGAUUUUCCAAAUUAAAUUUUUAAAUUUAUAUUUAAGUCCUAAAGCGAAUUCCCCGUACAGUAUUAUACAAGAUUCUUUUAAUUACUUCCAAAUAGUCCUUAUACUGUUUGUAUAAUAUGAUUUCAUGAAUAUAACCGAAAGCAAGGAAAUGGCCUUAUAAUUUAUCUUGUCAACUAAGGUAUCCAUAAAGCUCUUAAAAUAAAAUCAAUGUAAAGCCUUAAUUUAUAAUUUAAAUACUUAUAUACUUUCAGUUUCAACAAAUAAACAUAAGCUUUUAAAUCUUCAAAAUUUACAAAUUUAAAUAAGGAUAUGUUGUUUGAUUUAUCUUUGUUGAGUAAGCCUUAAACUCUUACUUUAGACUCUUAACACUUUUAUGGAAUCUGUAAAUAAUAUCUACACGAUUACCGUUUUCAACUUUAGUACUUAAUAACGAAAAUGUUGAGUGAAUUUAGAUUACUUUGUGGUUUGUUACAAAGCGGCAUAUUCUAAACAGUAAUGAAGAAUUAUGUUGUUAAUAUUAUAACGUAAACGAUAAAUAAAAACAAUUUUAUCCGUGAUGAUUUCAUAUAAUUCACUUGGCCUAUGUGAAAGCACUCUAUACCAGAAAAUAUCUUUAACUGAGUACACACAGAUUUUUCAAAUUAUUUAAGGAAAUAUUUAAAAAUAACUUUGUUAACUUUCCUUGGUAAAAUCUAAUUAUAUAAAAAAGUAUUGGCUGACCAUCAUGUAUUUGUUGUUGAAGUUCUUCCUAUUUAAGUUUAUUACAUUUUGUAAUAUUUUAUACAAAUGUAAUACCUACGUGCACAAUAAUUUGACUGCUACGAUUUAUUACAAGUGCAUUUAAUUGAAUAAUUAUUUAACAGUAUUAUAGGUCAUUAAUACUUUUUUUAUACAAGUAAUAAUUUUGUAUAUUUACCCUACUGGACCAAAGACAAAUCUGUGUGUAUACAGUAAACUAUGUAAAUUGUAUAUAGAUUUGUAGAGAGUAUUUGUACUUUAGACAUGUUUUGUGUAAAGCCCUAUAUAUUGCAGUUAUAUAGUUUAGUAAUUUUGUUUGAAAAGUUGUUUAUGUUAGUUAUAAUAAAACACUUAAGUGUUUUCGUUUACUUCUUUAACUCGAUAGCUAGUAAUCUUGAAUAUUUCGUCAUUACAAGUUUAUGACUAUUGUGAUUGAUUUACCGUUUGACUUUUAUAACCAUAUUUUAAGUGGCCAAUUUUGCUGCCAUGGCUGAAGUAUGUAAUUAGGCGCCCAUUUUAAUUAAGUAAUCUUUUUAAUAAGAGAUAUCGGGCUUAAACGUUGGUUUGGUCAAUAUUUAUAGUUUAUUGAUGUAAAAAUAUAUAUAUGAGCGUGACAUAAA